AUGGCAGAUCAUCACGACACUCAUAAAAAAAGAGGGCACUCUUGUUUUGAAUGGAUUCAAUUGAUCGCAACAAUAAGUAUUCCUAUUAUAAUUGCGAUAUAUACAAUUAUCGAAAAUAAUAAUUCUGCAUCAAUUGCUGCUGAUAACAAUCGUAAAGACAGGGAAAUCGCGAAUAAUAAUCGAAGAUCUGAAUUUGACUUAUCUCAACAAAGUCAACAGAAAGAACGUGAUCUUGCUGCUGAUCAACAACAAGAAGAUAUUCUUGUGAAAUAUCAAACUUUUCUUUCAAAUUUAAUACUUCAAUAUGGUAAGGAUUUAGAGAAAUCAUCAAAUGUAAAAACUGUUCUACACUUUAUGACACUUACUGCGUUAAAUCAAUUGGAUAUACGACGAAAACGUAUACUUAUCCGAAGUCUUCAUGAUGCAAAUUUAAUUACUUACAAACGAAAUGACAACAAAGAUUAUCCAAGUGCUGUAACACUUGCAUCAAUCGAUUUCAAAGAUAUAACAUUCGGUUCACCACUCAAUUCACCAGACGAAUAUCCCUUGCAUCAAUACAUUCAUUGGAAGUACCUUUGGUUACCAGAUGCUAUUCUAACAAAUGCAUCAUUUCGUCAUACAAAUUUAGAAUGUGCUACUUUUACUCGAGCUCAUAUGGAUUCUGUGGAUUUUAGCUUUGCCAUUCAUCCAAUAUCAAAAUGUUUCGAUGAUCUUCGUGAAGUUGCAACAGAUUUUACGCGUGCUUCAUUAGUUAACGCUAAUUUACGCAAUGCUAAAUUUCGUUCUAUUGAUUUUUCUCGAGCUAAUUUAACAUUUGCCAAUAUGCGUGGAUUUUCUUGUGAAAUGUGUAAAUUUUCGAAUACGAUAUUAUUUCAAGCUGAUUUAAGUUUGUCUUACUUUUAUCAUAGUUUGCUUAUUAAUCAGUCACUUGUGGAUUUCUCUGGUGUUAAAUUAAAACAAGCAGAUAUUCAUGGAGCAUAUUUUCGAUCGAUAGACUUUCAGUAUUCGGAUUUGUCUCACUCUCAAUUGUCACGCGUAACAAUCAGAAACAGUAUAUUUAGUAGAACAACAAUGAAAAAUUGUUCUUUUAUAAAAAGCGUCAUUCAAGAAACACUAUUUGAAAAUACAAUAUUAAAUACAAUUGAUUUUAGUUAUACUAAAUUAUAUAAUGUUACAUUUAAUAAUUCUAAUAUGACCAACGCGAAUUUCAGUUUUAUUAAAUGUGUUUAUUGUGCUUUUAUAAAUGUUAAAUUAGAAGAGACGAUUUUUAACAAUGCAUCAUUACUUUUUUCGAAAUUUAUUAAUUGUAGUAUUCAUAUGAAUCAAUUAGAUGGAGCAAUUGAUCUUCUUGGAUCAACAUUGUCUAAUGGAACUAAUGAAGUAAUUUUAGGUACAAAAGAACCAUAUUCAAAUAAAACAAUUUAUAAUAUUCGAAUACAAACUGGUGAUGAACCCAAAGCAGGAACUGAUGCUGAUGUUUUUCUGCAAAUGCUUGGUGAAAAAAAUUCUACAAAUAAACUUCAACUUCAACCAAUUGAUUUUAUGGCAAAAAAAUUUGAAAAAGGACGAAUGAAUGAAUUUACAUAUGAAUUCGAUGAUCUUGGCGAAAUUAAAUCUGUAAUUAUUGGGCAUAAUGAAGAAAAUCCCGGUGAAGGAUGGUAUUUAGAUUGGAUUGAAAUUGAUAUAUCGAUGCGUAAUCAAAUUUAUAGAUUUCCUUGCUAUUGCUGGUUAGACAAAGAUCAAGAUGACGGUGAAAUUGUUCGUCAAUUAACAUUUUCAAAUGUCACUGGAGCAUCAAUUACUACUGUUUUAUAUGUAAUAACAGUUACCACUGGUGACAAGGAUAGAUCUGGUACAAAUGCAAAUGUAUUUUUAACAAUUUAUGGUGAUAGAGCAAAUUCAGGCGAACGCGAAUUAAAAGAAUCGACAAAACCGAAAAGUCAGUUUGAACAGGGAAAAAUCGAUACUUUUCAUAUGCAUAUGGAAUCAUUAGGAACAUUAAGAGAGAUCUACAUCCGACAUGAUAAUACUGGCUUUUGUCCUGGAUGGUACCUUGAACAUGUUAUGAUCCGUGAUUCUAAAGCAAAUCAAGAUUCGAGACUGGUUGCGAGAAGGCAAAGACAAUUUGAUUUACCAAGAACUAUAUCUCAAUUAUCAUUUAUUCAUGAUGAACAAAUCAAAAAAAAGGGAAUGACAGAUCAAAUUCCAUUGGAAGUAUCAAAGACGGAUGAAGAUCCACUGGAGGAAGGUCGGUCAGAUAUUGUUCAACCAACAGAGAGGUGGUCGUGGUGGUCAUGCUAA